UGCUGGCGGGCGGCCCGGCCCGGGCGCGGGGGGAGCUGGGCGCGCACGGCCGCCGCGCGUGGAGCAGGCCCAGCCCCGCGGCCAUGGGCGCCCGGGCCGCUCCGGGGCGCCGGCGAGCGGCGGGGCGGCGGCCGCGCGCCCUGCCCGCCGGCAGCUUUCCCUUCCUGCUGCUGCUGCUGCUGCUGUGCAUCCAGCUCGGGGGCGGACAGAAGAAGAAGGAGAAUCUUUUGGCUGAAAAAGUAGAACAGCUGAUGGAAUGGAGUUCUAGGCGCUCAAUCUUCCGAAUGAAUGGGGAUAAAUUCCGAAAGUUUGUUAAGGCACCACCUCGAAACUAUUCUAUGAUUGUGAUGUUCACUGCUCUACAGCCUCAGCGCCAGUGCUCUGUUUGCAGGCAAGCUAAUGAAGAGUAUCAAAUCCUGGCGAAUUCCUGGCGCUAUUCCUCUGCAUUUUGUAACAAACUGUUUUUCGGUAUGGUGGACUACGAUGAAGGAACAGAUGUUUUUCAACAGCUCAACAUGAACUCUGCUCCUACAUUCAUGCAUUUCCCUUCAAAAGGCAGACCCAAGAGAGCUGAUACUUUUGACCUUCAAAGAAUUGGAUUUGCAGCUGAGCAGCUAGCAAAGUGGAUUGCUGACAGAACGGACGUUCAUAUUCGGGUUUUCAGACCACCCAACUACUCUGGGACCAUCGCUUUGGCCCUGUUGGUGUCACUGGUUGGUGGCUUACUCUACUUAAGAAGAAACAACUUGGAGUUCAUCUAUAACAAGACAGGGUGGGCCAUGGUGUCACUGUGUAUAGUCUUUGCUAUGACGUCUGGACAGAUGUGGAAUCAUAUUCGUGGACCUCCGUAUGCUCAUAAGAACCCACACAAUGGACAAGUGAGCUAUAUUCACGGAAGCAGCCAAGCUCAGUUCGUGGCCGAGUCACACAUUAUCCUGGUACUGAAUGCGGCCAUCACCAUGGGGAUGGUUCUCCUGAACGAGGCGGCGACCUCCAAGGGGGACGUGGGGAAGAGGCGGAUAAUUUGCCUGGUGGGAUUAGGCCUGGUGGUCUUCUUCUUCAGCUUUCUACUUUCAAUAUUUCGUUCCAAGUACCAUGGCUAUCCUUAUAGCUUUUUAAUUAAAUGAAGCCAAGUGGAAUUUGCAUAAAGUGAAUGUUUGCCAUGAAGAUAAACCUCUUCCUGACAUUAUACUAUUUCGAAUUCUUGAAGUCAUUUCUUUGUUAAUUGUGAUAAGGUAGCUUAUUCUUGUAUACUUUUUUGAAACUGGGUUUUCCUAGUAAAUUUAAUUUUCAGAAAUGGUAAGAAUUCACAAAAGAAACACAAAAGCGUUUUUCAAGUAUAUUGUAGUCAGUGUGUGCCACAGGAUUGAAAAAAAAUGAUAAUGCUGUCCAACUGCUCACUCAUUAGAAAAGGAACCUACAAUGUUAGUAAAGGAAACCUAUGGCAUGUAUGUUAAAAUUUGUAUUGUACAGGGAUAAAGCAUAUGCAUGAAAAUGUGUCAUGUAUGGAAAAUUAUAGCAGUUUCAGUUAUAAAGGAUGUCACUGUUA